GGGAGGGACUAUAAUUCGCUCUGGUUUGGUUGUCAAUGGAUGUCAAAAUCUUUGUGUCCUCGGAGCCACGACACACAAACAAAUGUAAAACGAAGGACGUUUUUUCUGCAUUGGACAUAAACGGAAGUGGAUGGCUCCGAUGUUUUGAAUGUGUCAACCGCGUGACCGAUGAAACGGGAACAACUUAACAUUUCCGUAAAGACGUGUGAGGAGGAUUGUUUUUAGUCAAAUGAAUCCAGAUGUGGUGAAUGAGAGACCGAGAGCAUCAUUUCUCUGUUCAUAAACACACAUCCGUUCAUAUAAAGGAAACUAACGGGUGGCUUGAUGCACCCAUUCCAGUGGUGCAACGGGUAUGCAAACUUGAGCACAACUGUAUCUACUCCAAUAAGACCUGCACUAUGCCAUCAGUUACCUUCCAGGAUCUGCCUCUCAAUAUCUAUAUGGUUAUCUUCAGCACGGGCAUCUUUGUCUUCGUACUCAGCCUCAUAUUCUGCUGCUAUUUCAUAAGUAAAUUGAGACAACAAGCCCAGAGUGAACGCUUUGGAUACAGAGAGGUAAUCUUAAAAGGAGACCCUAAGAAGCUAAAUCUUCAUGGGACAUGUGCUGUGUGCUUGGAGGACUUUAAGGUGAAAGAUGAGCUGGGAGUGUUGCCAUGCCAACAUGCUUUUCACAGGAGGUGUGUGGUGAAGUGGCUGGAGGUGCGCUGUGUCUGUCCCAUGUGUAAUAAACCCCUCUCUGGAUCCUCCGAGCAGCACCAGAGCAUAGGCACAUUACUGGAUGAGUUGGUGUAGCACUGGACGCUUCUGGAAAAGGGACAAGACUGGCAUCAGACGUUGUGUGUGCUCCACCUCUCUGGGGUUUUUUACAGACAUGGACAGCCUGACUGUACUUCUCUGCAAUUCUAUGAUCGGAUUGUGACUCUAACCUUAUUUAAAGUCAGGUUAAACCUUUAGCUUGAAGAUGAACUUAACAGGCAAGUUUUCUCAAUCCAAGAGUAAGCAUAACCUUUUCUAAAACAUUCUGUCAUUGAAGAUUCUUAAAUGAAGACACUUUUAGACACUUUAGAAAACAAGCCUAUCAUCUCCCAAGUUAAUUUAUCAUUGAAUGCCAAUAGUAAAACUGAAUGGCACUUAACAGCAUUCCAGCACCUGAACAUCUGAACGCUGCAAUGGAGAUAUACAGCAGCAAAGUGCACUGGGCCCAAAGAACUUUUUCACAGUGGUGUGUGUAUGUCAGAGAGAGUGUGUGUGUUUUGUACAGUAACCAUUUGUAGUGGUAGAUGUCUAGUCCAUUAUGGAAUUUAUGUGAACAACUCAUCGACGGUCUUACGAGAUUUUGAGCAAACAGUCCCACCGUUUCUGGACACUGAGAAAUGGACUGCCGGUGAAAACACACGUGGCUUUCUUUUUGUGUUUCAAGUUUUUUGUGUUUUUUUCACUGUAACCUGGUUGUUAUUGUUACUGAAGUGUUUUAAUCAGUGUUUUCACACAUUUUGAUGGA